UGUGAAUGGGGACCGAGUCCGGCUUGUGACAGCUCCUCCUCGGCGGUGAAGCCUCAGACACAUCGCUCCUGCCCGUCCAGCCCGGUCCUCCGCUCCCAGACUCACCGGCAGUCCACGGCCCAGCUCCUCCGGUACAGAGCACGUUCACUGUGGUAGUGUGGCACUGGCACUCCUGUAGUUGGGUUAGUGCACCGACUCGUGUCUUCUCAGCCCGGUAAGUUAGCGGAGCCAUACUGACGGACGGAGCUGUCUCUAUCUGUCCAGGAAUGAGAAAUGAUGGCCGGCUCUUCAGCAGAGGAGAAGACCUUCCGACGGUUCCUGGAGCUCUUCCUCCGGGAGAUGAGGAUGCCGCUGCAGGAGAGCGACCCGGUGCCGAUGCGCCCUUUGUCGGACCAGGUGUCUGAGGACGAGGUGGAGGGGGAAUGUCUCGACCUGUGUCUCCAGCACCUCUACAAAUAUAACUGUCCGUGUUCCCUGGCUGCAGCUCUAGCCAGAGCCACAGCAGACAGCCUCCUGCAGACUGACCUCUCCAUCCACUUCCUCACUAAGACUGUUGAAGAUGGAGCUGACCCACUACCACUGAUGGAUGCUGUGACGCUGGCCCGGCUGGUGUUUAAUAGACUGUUUGAGGUGUGCUGCCUCUGGUUGAAGGAGCUGCCCUUCCGCCGCCGUCCACAGCCAUACUACGAAACUUCCAUCCACGCCAUCAAGAACAUGAGGCGCAAGAUGGAGGACAAGCAUGUCAUCAUCCCUGACUUCAACACACUCUUCAACAUUCAGGAUCAGGAAGAACAAGCUUUCUUUGCAGUCUUUGACGGCCAUGGUGGUGUGGAUGCCGCCAUUUAUGCUGCCAAUCACCUCCACGUCAACUUAGUUCAUCAGGAAUCCUUCAACGAGGACCCCAUCGAGGCGCUCUGCAAGGCCUUCAAAGUCACUGACGAACACUUCAUGAAAAAGGCAUCAAGAGAGCACUUGCGCUGUGGCACGACAGGCGUGGUGACGUUCCUGCGGGGCCAGACGUUGUAUGUGGCCUGGCUGGGAGACUCCCAGGUCAUGCUGGUCAGGAAAGGACAGGCCGUGGAGCUGAUGAAACCACAUAAACCAGACAGAGAGGAUGAGAAGCAGAGGAUCGAGGCUCUGGGAGGCUGUGUGAUCUGGUUUGGCACAUGGAGGGUUAAUGGCAGUCUAUCUGUAUCCAGAGCAAUAGGGGACAAAGAGCACAAACCCUACAUCUGUGGGGAUGCAGACCAUGAUAUCUUCCCAAUGGACGGUUCAGAAGACUACCUGAUUCUGGCCUGUGAUGGAUUCUGGGACACAGUAAAUUCAGAUGAGGCAGUGCGGGUGGUCAGCGACCACCUCGAGGAGAACUCUGGAGAUACCACCAUGGUAGCCCACAAGCUAGUGGCCUCUGCUCGUGAUGCGGGCUCAAGUGAUAAUAUCACAGUCAUAGUGGUCUUUUUGCGGGACCCUCGCACCCUACCACCUACCGGCUCAGAGAACGAGGAGAAGGGUGUUGUAGAGAGGGGGGUAGAGGAAGUAGCGGAGGUGGAGGAGGGAGAACGGGAAGACGAGGAGGAAGAUGAGACAGCCAGGUUAGAGCGCAGUGGUGGUGAAGGAGGGAGCACUGCGAACAAUGGAGGGAAGAGUCGUGGGGGAUGGCCCCAACAGCAGUGCUCGGCCCCUGCUGACCUCGGCUAUGAAGACCGAACAGACUCGUUGACGGACAGAACUAGCCUCAGCCUGCUCGGGCCAUCACUUGAGGGCCAUAUCUCCCUGACAGGGGGCUCACGACAGCCCUGCUCCGGCUUUAGUUCAGACCUCUUUACAGCCUCCCACAGCUACAGAGAAGAACGCCCAGUGAGGCGUGGGUCCUGUAUUCCUUUGCAGGGGUCUAGCAUCUCUAGCUUUACGGACCCACUCUGGCCCCAGACAGCUAUGCUUUUAGGCCAGGCAAUGAGGAAAAGCCGCAUGCUUGGCUCUGAUAGAAGGCAAUUGGGCCGGAGGUGGCCAGUCAGAUUUAGGGAGAAGCUAGGCCUAUUACCAUCUGGUCGCCUGCCGCCUCACAUGCAGCGCUACUCCAACUGUAGGCCUGGAGUGGCAGUGCCUCACCUGCCCAAUGAUGCCAUCAUCUAAAGAGGUGCUCCAAACCAAACCAUCUCCUUAAUUUAUUCAGUCCGGCUCCAUGCCCCCUCAGCCCACCCACCUACCACUGCCUUCAACAACAGGUCCUUCUUUGAUAACAGUUAGUUGUGGCUCCUGCAGUUGUCAUGUGAUAUUUGAUUCUCUGUCAGAAGAGUGGUGCUCACUUUCCUCAGCCAAAAUGUUACCAAAUGUUUGCUGGCCCACUGAGCACAGGACCUGCUCCUCAAUGCUGGAGGUAAAAUGCAAACCUAGAUCCACUCCAUUGUGACCAUUGAUCAAAAUUAAGCCUGAGCUGGAAAUGCUGUCUGAACAUUAGUUAAAGUUUAAUGCUUGGUUGCUCCACUCUUGACAGUGUUAAGACAGAAAUGAGGUAUGUUUAAAUUAAGUAUACAGACAAAGAAAAGAUAAUUAUCUCACCACUUAGCUUACAGAAGAAGAGUAUACACCACAUGGCCAACACUAUGUGAACACUUGAACUUUGCUGAAUAUAUCACUGCAUGAUCACUGUUGGGUUAUAAGACCCUCCACUCUUCUUUAAAGGGUUUCUUUCAGAUUUUGGAGCCAAGAUCAUUUAGCCAUUUUUUGUGAUGUAAGUAAAAGUAGUGCUAGCAGAUACUGCAGUUUGAAGGUAGCACUGAUAUUAAUAUUCCUACCAUACAACAGCAAUGAUAUGUACUUAAGUAAGCCUUUGAAUUUGGUUAUUAAAGAAUAACAAGGAAUUUAUUUAGUGAAGAACACUUUGAAACCAAAAGUGCUAACGUUUGUGCAUCAUUACUUAAUUGACCCUUUCACACAAAUUUGUAUUAUAGGUUGAUUGUAUGAUCACACAGCUUUAUUAUUUUCCUUACUUCUAUUUUCUGUUACCGGUGUAGGUUGAGGCAUCACAUCAUCUUUUGUCUUAAGAGAGCAGUCGAGAAUGUCAGCGACCUAGCAUUAUAUUAGGGUCAAAUUGCACAGCUUCCCUCUUUGUCCUCUCUCCUGUUCCUCCCUCACAGUUAACUAAAGUUCAUGGAGGAGGACGGAACAACUGCUGAUCCUGGUUUCUGAGACUGGAGGCACAUGCUGUUCUGCCCCCUCUCACAGAGUCACUGACCCAGCCAUUAUCAAGCCACAUUUCGUCUACAGAUAAAAGCACUUAACACCUGAUUAUAAAAGAUUAUCAGUCACUUACCUGAAUAAAGGCUUAAUGUAGUCCAGUAUUCCAGAUGGGGAUAUAACCCUGGGUUAAUGGGUUUUACGGUGAGUGAAGGGAGUAUGGAUAAUAUAUUUUUGUUAUAUAUUUGCUGUUGGGCCACAUAGUUAUUGGAAGUAUUUCAAGUGUAUUGACCUUCACACAAAACCCACUGAACAGAAGCGUUUUCCAGCAGGCUUGAUGGACUGUUUAACGUUGGACUGGGAUAGCUGCAGAACACGUGCCUUCCAUGUGUGUUACUAAAGCCUACUCUCCAUACAUAGACGUUCACUAAUUAUUUAUUAUCAAUUGGAAUUUAUAUUAAUAUCACCAUUGAAGACAAGUCUGGGUUAUGCAUUCAAAAUAAUGUUUGACAUUGUGCAAAACAUGCUUAAUCACUUCAUUGAAGAUUAAUGCCAAGCGAAACUAAUCAUAAACCGACGGAAGCUUCUUAUUUAGCGUACAGACACGAGAGUGGUAUUCAUCCUCUCAACAAGCAAGUGAAUUUGCCAAAAUGUUGAUUAUUAUAUUUAGUAGCGCUAUAGUCCUCUGGAUAACAUAAAGGGAAUCUGCCCAUUUCCUGGAGGCCUUAGUAGCCUGAGACAAGAGAACAAGAGUUUUCUAUCUGUAAAUAUAGUUGUGGUGUUAACAGCUUUAUAAUUACGCAGCAAACAUCCCAGUCAUCACAAACUCCAAGAUAGUUCCCUCUGUCAGAGUAGUCCACUGAGGCCAGCUCCCAUGGCCCCACAGUGUCUUUAUAAUUGGAUUUUCCUCAGAUCUGAUCCAGAUUCUACAACGGAGAGCCCCCUCUGUGUGCUCGAACAUGCUGCUGACAAGCCUGCACUUCACUUAUGUUAGCAAGUCCUAGCAAGCUCGGUCUUUAUGCCACCAUUCUUAAGACUGAUCUCUCCUGACUGAGACAUAGAAACCUGGUCUCUGCUGAUAUUCAUUGGUUUUAAUUUAUCUAACACCAGAUAUGGUAGGUAGUCCAUCCAAACAUAAUAAACAAACGAGUAUGUAACCAUCAAAUAAUAACCCUCCUCUUGGUCUAUAUGAUGACACUAUUAUGAAAGGUUUCAUGUAAUCCCUUGAUGCUAAAGCUAAGCCCCAUUACCAGUUAACUGGGUGAGACUAAUCUAUGGAAAGACACUUUGCAUUAAACGUAUAACAAUAUAGUAUUACUGUAUCUAACCUUGAAUAACUAGACAAACUAUCCCACAAAUCUACUCUGAAAACUGCUAUGAUCAUUAAUUAAUUACAUAACUCGGAUGGCCAGUCACAUUCAAAGAACAUUACCCUUAACACACUUUUGUUCCCUUUUGUUGUUGGAGCACCUGACGUUCGCUAAGCCCCACCCCCUUACUUAACAUUGCUACACCUGUCACUUUGCGAGUAACUGAUUUACCGAAUCAAAAAUCAAGCUAAUCUUUGAAACAUACAUUUUGCUAAUAUUAGCAUAUUAGGUACUUAGCUUCUUAUUGUCUCCAGUAAAUAAUGUCCCGCCAAUACAUGGGCUCGAGCAACAGUUCAUCAGACAACUAAUUAACAUCUAGUAUACCAGGAAAAUAAGCGCUUGGAAAUAUGAUCAGUGUGAUAAGAACUACCUAAAAUGAAAGAUACCAUCUUUGAAAAUUAUUUGAUAUUAACUUGCCUCACCUAUACUGCAAUCAAGACGCCUUUGGGAGAAGUCACGUCGUCCAUCUUUAUAUAGUCAAUUGGACUUAAUGAUGUGUUUAGCAAAUGAAAUGCUAUUUAAUGUUAAGAUUUAGCCGGAGUUGCUUCAGCUGCUAACGUUCCAAAAGACGUGAUACAGACGGUUGGAGAAGCCAGACACACUUCAAUAAUUUCCAAACGCUUUUUGCUUGUGUAUUUGGUUUGGCAAAGGCUAACAAGGACAUGGUCAACGUGAUGUGACGUGCCAUGCUGUGCCUAGUUGUGGUUGCUUAGCUGUGAUUGGACAAUGACUGUUCAGGAAUGGGGUUUAUCAAACGUUUAUUAAUUAUUCCUUAACAUUCCCUAACACCGUCAUUCCCCAAUUUCUUUGAUUGAUGCAGUGAAUUUACAAAUGUCAGGAUGUUAGUGAUAACCAGGAUCUGUUACUUGUGCCUCCACUUUCCUGGCCCAUGUCACCAAAAGAGGAAACACUGAGAAGAUGAGACAUUUAAAAAAGUGAUUUAUCCAACAACUGGUACUGGUUUGUCAUCCCUGACAAAUGCGGCCACAACUUCCCGUUUUCAGUCUUGCUGGUAGACGGAGACUCACCUCGGAUUUUCCUCUAACCAUCCUGUGGACUGUCAAUGAAGCAGAAUGUACCUCAUGACCCAGAACGUUCUCAAAGACUCUGUGAAGGUUGUGGUUCUUCUUUUUGGGGCUUCUAGCCAUGAGGAAGUACUGUCUAGACACUCAACACAGAAAAAGCCUGUCUCUAGAGGCAUUGGUUGAUAUGCGGAGAAGAUGGGAGAAGUACCAGAAAACAAUGGAAAUCACAGUCAUCUCAACUUUGUCACUUGGGCAUGGAUGUGUAUGUAUAUUAUGAAUACUCAUUGUGAGUUGAGCAAUUGCUGGAAGAGUGUAUAUAAUAAUUCUGUCUUAUAAAUCAGUGGUUUUACUCCAUGCUCCACAAGGCUCAACACAUGGCUCAGAUAUUGACUUUAAACGGUCGGAUGUUAGGCUUUAAACAUCCCCUACCACCACACGGAGGUGGAGGUGAUGAUGUUGAGGCCUGAGGGGCAUCACUCUCGGAACUCGGCCUCUGCCUUCAAAAGCUACUAAGGUAUAUAAAGGCGCUGGACUGGUCUGGCAUUGGCUGGAAGGUUGUAGUGUCCUAUAAUGGCCUAGCUGCUGUUUCACCCUGCUUUCUCACCCCUCAAAUCUUGGGAGAAAAUAUCUAAAGAUGUUUAUUAUCGGCUUAAAUUACUGUUGUCUCCAGUCUUCAGCUUUGAGUUCUUUUUUUUAUUAUUAUCAGUAUGAGCCUUAAAGAAGCAUCUUGCCAAUCAGAUUAUAUCAGUAGUUUGUAGGUUUUUAUUCCAACUCUGCAGGCGUUAGAUGAUGAGUAAGGUGUUGAUGAUAGAUGAGGAACACACAAGAGAACCGAGCUGCUGUUGAGUUGGGGCCUCACUUUGUUGUCAUUUACAUCAUAGAUGAGAUCUUUUACAUGGCACACACAGGGCAGAAAACCCCAAAGAGACAGAGAUGACACCAGGAGACAAAACAUUUUCUCAGGAUCUUGUUAUAAUGACAACGAUUUCCAUUCAAACUGACAUUAGGAGUCACUGCAUGUUCUUCUAAAUAAAAAGGACUAGCUACUUUUGCGUUAACCUCAUCAUUCCCAACAAUAAAUGGAGGGUUCAUUCCCCCCGAAACGCUUUUUGCACAUAUGGAAGUAAGGUCAAAUAUGUGCUGAUGAAUUCAAAGAUUCGCCAAAUUCUCUUUCUUUCCUCACACAAAAAUAUAUCAGUUUUCCUUUAAACUCUAAAAACAACCUAUGUUUUUUUUUCUUUUUCUAGACUAGUGGCCUCUUGUGGUCGUGUGAAUAAGGACAAUUGUCCACAAGAAGCCAAGGCUAAUGUAGUGUAGUGUUGUUAUUUUUCAUUAAAAUGAGAACAGUCUUGAAAAGAUGUGCAUGUAACUCUAUAGGUAAAAGAAAAACAUGUGGCACAACCGAGACAAACUGGGCACAGUGCCAAUGCUAACGAGCUGGUAUAAUGUUUUGUAGUUAGGAGUGCUAGCAUGCUAACAUUCGAUAGCUAGCGCUAGUGCAACGUACAGUUGAGACUGAUGGAGAUGUUAUUAUUUCGCGAGAAUUCAGGUAUAAGCCAAGUCAAAUAAACAUGUUGACCCGGCGAUGGCAGUUAUCACAAUUAAUAUCGAGAGGAGAAUCUGAACGUCUGCACCAUUUUCAAAACUUUACAAUGCUAAGGUGGCUGCUUCUACUGUUGACCACUUGAGAUACUUUGUCGUGUUAACAAGAUACUUGGUCCUUUGACAUUAUUACAAGAUUCUUGAGAUGUUUAAAAUGAUUAUUAUUAUUAUUAUAACAAAAUACAAUUGUAUUUGUUUGGUAACUGGUGGUAUUUCUGUGCUGCUCUGGCCGACACUUUGGGGCAUGUUGUGCUUGUGGCUACGCCUCGGAGCAGCUGUGCAGUGCAGCAGCAGGUUCCCAUCCCCUGGGAUUAACUGUUGGUUUCGGUUUAAAUCCCCGACGGUUUCACAGCAGGUCUUCCAGAGCUCAGGAAGUGAAGCGCUGAGGAUGUGCACCACAGCAGCGCUCGGUGACAGGGACGCGUGGGCGGCAGUCACCCCAACCCUGUGAAUUAGUUAUAGUGUGCCGUUACUCAUCGUAUUCAAAAUUGCUAGAAGUCGUCACUGUAUGAGCAAUAAAGACGUUUCACCAUCUUUAAAUCGCUGUAAAUCCUCUACCUAAGCUUGAGAAAAACCCCUCACUCACUCAUGCUCUGCUGCCUGCACUAAAAAGAUCCUCUGAGUCGGAAGUAUCCUUCCCCUGAUAAUAGAAGCGAGCAGAAGUCCGGCUCUGCCCUCCUGUAAUCUGUGUCUAAGUUUAGGGCCCUCCAUGAAUCUGCACUGUGUGUCCUUGUACACAAAAAAGCUUUUUUCUAUUUCUCUGUAAGCAAUAAUGACGUUGCUUUAAGAGGCUCUCCGGGGGUUUGUCUUCUGCUGAUGGAUGCGGCGAGAUGCAGUUGUCAGCCAUACUCGAAAAGGUCACAGAGCAUAACCGCUGAGUUCCUGAAGUCAAUUUCCUAUUCGUUUUUCCCACAGAGGAUAGGAGUAUGAGUCACAAUCUGCGGCUUCACACACUCCUACACCUCCUGCAAGAAGUCAUCAGUCAGCCUGAUUUCACCUCCUCGUGAAAUAUGACGUCACUGAGAUCUAAAGCUUAUCAUGCACGUUUGUGGAAAAAUGAAUGUGAAGUUUUCUUCGUGGUACAGGAGGCAGGACUGUUCAGUCGUAUCGGCCUUCCUCUGCAGUUUGGACGUCCGUGUACAUUUGAAAUGAUUGAUUGGAGUCUUUCAAGUGUAGGUCUGAGGAGGCGAUGGGACCGAUGAGGGCUCUGAUUCAUUCAGGUCCACAGUCCGCUUCUUUUUAGUCCUCCAGACGUGGAGACAAGCCGCAUGAUUGGCUCUUAUUCAACAUGCAGGAUAGGUAUAUAAAACAAAAAAAACUGUAAAAACCCACGUUGAGUACCUGUGUUAACUGUGUUCCUGUAGUAUAUAAUUAUGUGUAAUGUAACUGGUGACUAAUUAUCAUGUAUAUAAAGAUUAG